UCUCUUUAUCAAAUCUCUUUAACCCUGUACAAAUGAAUCCUUUCUCCCUGAUCCCCCCACUCCAGUAACUCAACCAGAAUCACCAGCCUUUUCAUCUGCAUACCACUUCUAGUAAUGAAGAUAUCAUCAUUCCAUUAUCUUAUUAUCAUCUUCACCAUGAGCUUCCUCUUUAACCUAAGCCGGUCCGGUUUACUAACAGAACCAGCCCAACCGUUAAAACCACCAGACGACUCUCCUCCCAACACGGUCCCAUCUUUCCCGGUCCAGACCGAGUCAGAACUAUGCCGGUUAGACUUAUCAGCUGAGCUAUUCGGCGGCGUAAACGCCGCCUGUGGUCGCAACCUCGAUAGGAGCCGUUGCUGUCCAGUGCUGGCAGCUUGGCUCUUCGCGGCACACGCUCGCUCGGCUCUUCAAGUCAAUGCUUCGGCUCCACCGGCUACGGACGAAAUGCCGAUGAUGCCUGAUGACUCACAGAACUGUGUUAACUCGUUGCAAAACUCGUUGCAGAGUAGAAACAUUCAUCUACCUCAGCCUAAUGCAUCAUGUGAUGCUGUUUUGUGUUUUUGUGGGAUUCGGUUGCACCAGAUUGGUUCGCUUAGCUGUCCGGCGGCGUUUAAUGUUACGAAGACUUCUCGGAAUGCAAUUCCGACCGUUGCUGUUCGGAACUUGGAGAAAAGCUGCCGGAAUUCAUCAUAUGCUGGAUGUACUAGAUGUCUUGGGGCUUUGCAAAAGUUAAACGACGACGGGCAAAACGGAACAAGAAAAACCCAUCAUCAAGUAGAUGAUCGAGCUAGCAAGAUAAUGACACGUGACUGCCAGCUAAUGGGGCUUACAUGGCUACUAGCAAGGAACAAAACGGCGUACAUACCAACGGUAUCCGCUGUAUUGCGCGCCGUCAUGUACAGUGCGCACCCACCCCAUGAGUUCAAAUGCAGCCCUGAUCAAGAAAACAUGCCGUUAGCCGUUGAUUCGUUACAGUUCGAGAAAUCAUCUGGAGCAUCCUUGGCACGUGCCGGUAUUAUUGGUAUUGUAAUGACAUUAUUGCCCCUGGUUAUGGAGUUUGUUUGAUCGUUGGUCAGUUUCGUUUGGAUUUGUUUUACUGUAAAGUGCAUGUUACCUGCUAGGUUGUGGGGGUUCACGUGAAAGGUUAGUGAGGAUACAGACAAAGGGUAAAGGGUGGCCAUGUUUGAGGACAUUUUUGUCUUUUUGCCUCCAGGGUACAUCUUUGUUAUUCGGAAUAUUAGGGUUUUGGAUUUUAGUAGUUUAGGGAGGAAUUUCAAAUUCUUUUUUCGUUUUCGGCAGUGGAAUAUAUUAUAUAACUACUUGAAUAAACUAAAUUAUAAACAUUGCUUUGUAAGUA